AUGACGAUCCACAUCAAUCGGUCGUAUUUCUCACCUGAGGAAGCAGACGCGGGAAGCUGUCAGUUGUUAGUCGAGAGUGUUUCCGGCGAAGCGCUCAAUUGGUUCUCCAGACUUGAGGCCAACUCGAUCGAUGGAUACAAAGCAUUAACAAGUGCAUUCCUUCAGCAUCACCAGUGCUUCAUGUGCACACCUGCGUCAAAUGCCGACCUGUGGAGAAUGUAUCAGAAGCGUAAAGAGUCAUUACGGACUUUCAUGGAAAGGUUUAAAGGUGUCAUGUCCCAACUCGCUAUAAGUGAUGCUUCCGCAAUCGGUGCGUUAAAAAAUGCGCUCGCCCGUGACACCAGAUUCAAGGACGACCUAACAAUCCUGCCCGUCACAAGUUUAGGCGAAGUACUGGCACGUGCAAACCGAUACAUUCAAGUCGAUGAAGACAAAGAUAAGAGGAACCCGGAUCAACCGGCGGCAGACUACGCCCGUGACGAGAAAGGAAGAAAAGCGACGACGUUCGCUAUCGAUGGAAAAGAACAGCAGCAAAAUAAACCUUGGAACAAAUACUAUCGCGAGUCCGACAAUCCCGGCUACAAAGGCAAGCGCCCGUAUUGCAAGUUUCACAGAUUCAACGGACACUCAACCGAAGAGUGCAAAACACUUCAAAUGCUGCUUUUGCAUAAAUACAAGAGAGGAGACGUUGAUAUAGAACGAGAGCGGAGAAAGGUUAACACACACAAAGACAACCAGUACUGUCUGGGAGACGAGCAGCAGCACGACAGGCAGCGUGAAGAGGAAGCUGUGGCACAAAAUGACCGAGCAUGGGAAAUCGUUCGCCUACCUCCUCCCCCGAAACGAAACCACGACGCGGAGGAGCGCGAUGAACCACCAGCUCCACGCCGGAGGAUACACAUGAUCAUGGGCGGUUUGUCAACAAGCCGCGACUCUGUUCGGUCGAUCCAAGCCUACUGCCGCGAAACAGAAACAAAGCGCAACAUGCCUUCCCAUAGCAACAUGUUCAAAACAUCCUCCGAUCCUAUUACGUUUACUGAAGAGGACGCGCACAACGCAAGUCCAAACAACAACCCGCUUGUUGUAGAAAUGGUGAUUGGGGAAAGCUCUGUGACAAGAAUUCUUAUUGACACUAGGAGCUCGGUCAAUAUAAUAUUCAAGGAUGUACUGAUCCAGAUGGAGAUUGAUCUGCGCAACACGGCCCAUGAAACGCAGCCCCUGACAGGAUUCAGCGGAGACACCAUCAGGACUGUCGGAACUAUAACACUUCCAAUCUACGUCGGCGGCACGAUGCAUUGCUUUAACUUUGGAAUUUUGGACAACCCCAUCGUCUACAAUGUCAUUCUGGGAACACCGUGGCUUCACAAGAUGCUUGUCGUUGCUUCUACUUACCAUCAAUGUGUCAAGUUCCCAAACGCGUACGGAAUCUAUACGCUGCGCGGAGAUCCUCUGAUGGUGCGAACUUGUUUCAUCAUCGAGAAAAAGAUGCGGAAUGCAAGGUCCUUCAUAAAAUCCGAAUCUGCACCACCACGAGAUCCAUGCAUACCUCCACCAAAAGAAUUUGUAAUCCAAGUAAACAUCGAUUUGUCCAAUUCCAAGCGUUGUGUGGGAAUAGGUGCCGAGCUACCAAUCGCUCUGAGAGACGAACUCGUUCAAGUUCUUACAUAA